GGGUAAAUCACUUCCUGAUAAGCAACCUUUGUUCAGCUUAUUGACAUUGCGCAGUUUGCAAUAAGGACUUGAUGUACAGAAACCGUGAUGGCAUUUGGGGGAACCUCUCUCAUAGUUGCCACCUUCGACAGCGGAUAUGCGUUUUCAUUUGAAAAAAGCCCAAAUGCCGUAAAAAUAAACAAAAACAGAACCGCUGGGUCUGGAAAACUAAUCUGCCUUAAAACACCAACGAGUGUUCUGUUAAACAAAACCAGUGAGUUCGAUUCGUUUGGUUUCGAUGCCGAGGACAAGUAUUCAUUGCUGGCAGAGGAAGAUCAACACCACGGGUGGAGACUGUUCAGACGAUUCAAGAUGGUUCUACAUAAUGAACAGGUUAUUUCCCAGUCAACAACUGUGGAAGAUUUGGAAGGGAAGACCUAUCCAGCUAUGCCAAUAUUUACCAUGUCCAUUCGAUACCUUCAAAGGCACUUAUUAGAGGCACUGAGUUUAAGCAAAGUAGGGAUAUGUGAAACUGAUAUCAAGUACAUCAUAACGGUCCCUGGAAUUUGGGGAAAAGCUGCUAAACAAUUCAUGAGAGAACCAGCAAUUGAGGCUAGCAUUGACGGCGACAGACUUAAGUUGGCUCUAGAGCCUGAGGUAGCCGCCGUGUGUUGUGAAGCUCUCGAACAUACGUUAACAGGACAGAAGUUCAUGGUCGUGGACAUUGGAGGUGGCACCGCUGACAUAUCUAUCCACGAGAAACAAGGCGAUGGCUCACUGAAGAAUAAACACGCCCCUAGUGGAGGUCCUUGGGGAGGCAUAUACGUAGACGAAAACUUCGCAACGUUCCUAUCAGAAGUAUUCGGGACAAAGGCAUUGUCCACUAUGCAAACAAAUGACAUGUACGAUAUGAUUCGCGACAUCGAGGUGAAGAAGAGAAAAUUCGAGUCUGAUUCUGAGGCCGAUAUCAUUUUUCGCAUUCCGUAUGCACUUAAGGAAAGCGCUGAUUAACAGUUCAAUCAACCUUAUCUGACCGACUGUCUACAUUGAAAUAUGGAAAUCAAAUCAUUUCCAAGGGUCAGGACAAAGUUGGUGUGAACUCAUCGAUCAUGCAAAGUUGGUUUAACGAGCCGGUGUCCAAGAUGGUUGAUCAUAAUCCGUUGUAUCUUGCAAGAAGAACGAUUAAGAGAUGUCGGUAUAAUUAUCUUAGUUGGAGGUUUUGCAGAGAGCCCAUACGUACAAAAGAGCAUACAGAACGCGCUUCCAAACAAACGGCUGAUAGUUCAUGGAGAUGCGGGGCUAGCCGUUCUUAAGGGAGCAGUGAUGUUCGGGCACAAGCCUGAUAUCAUAUCAUCCAGGGUAAUGGAUUACACGUACGGGAUAGAGAUGUAUGGUUGGUAUGACGAAAAUAAACAUCCAGUGGGAAAGAAACUAUUCCGCGAAGGCAAAUGGAUGGCUGAACACUUUUUUGAAAUAUUUGUGAUGGUUAAUGACGAUGUGCCAGUUGAUAGCAAAGUGUAUUGUAGCACAACGCCAGGCGCUGAAAUCUCAGUAAUUCCAAUUUACCGCACCAAAGUUCGAGACCCCGUGUUCAUCACAGAUCCUGGUUGCGAGCUUCUUGGCACAUUAGAAAUAGAGAACGACAAAGAUAUGCCACUGGAAGAACAAACAAACAAGACAACUUUCAUAUUUGGCGACACUGAACUGUUGAUAGAGAUCAAGAACAUCAGUACGGGAAAAGUGGAGACCCUGACGCUGGACGUGAUGAAACAACUGUAGUGCAUAUCAAUAUAUCGAAUGCAAAGCGUACAGUUAAGGACGUGUUAGAUUAUCAGUAGUAUCAAGUUAUCAAGAAGAUAAAUAUAUAUACUUCGAAGCCAUUAAUUUUGAUUUUUUAGUGAUUGUUUUAUAUAUAUUUUAUCUUUAUAGUUUAUCAUUGAAUUUAACACUUUUAGUCACCGUAGAAAUACUGAGGAUCUUCAAAAGGUCAAACAUACCGAUCAUAAGACAGGGGCCCGGUCUUCGAAACACAUCCAGGAUGUGAUUUUCUUUAGGAAGUUACAAUAAAGAAUGACAAAAAUAUUUCGUUUAAUGAUCAGAAACACAAGACAGCAUUAAUGUUUGAGGACACGAAACUGCUAAUAACGCAAACGAACACUUAGUCGGGCAAGGUGGAGACGCUGACACUGGACUUGAACAAGACGAAGUUCUACUGCACAUCGUUAUCUAGAAAUUAUUGACAGUGUGAUACAAAAAAGACGACGGAACAAAAUAAAAACACUUCCAAAAUCAGAAUCUUUUAAUUUAUGUGUAAUUAUUUAACUGAGGUUGACCUGUGUUGUUUUUUUCAGUGAAUUAUGUGUAUGCACUUGCAAUUGUGCAACAUCCCAUGAGUUUGUGUCAAAGGAAGUUGAUGAGCCUACUUUCAAAUUGUGGCUUUUCAGCAACACAUUAUUUUCGGUAAUAUUUCAACAGAAAACGAAUGAAGUGAUGACGAGACUUAUAAGUUACUGAGUGUAAGGCAUUUUAAGGCAAUACAAAAUGGCGAUCAUU